AUGCUUCGCCCACGUUUAAGGGUACCGCGCGUCAGCGCAUCCAUCGGCCUGCAGGCAGCCGCCAAUGCCCGGAGGAGCUUCCACCAGGUGCCCAGAUUGAGGCACGACUACACCGAGUCUGGCGUGCCUAACCUCAUGAGCCCGGCGGGCUUCUCAAUUGCCUGGUCAGACUAUAUGAGCCUCGCCGUCGAGAAGCUCAAUGCUCUGACUGUAGGCACCGAGCUCGAGGACCUGGACACCAAGACUAUCGCCCUCAUGACCGCUCGUGAACCCAACCAGGCCCCCAUCUUCAACUGGGCGUCCAUGGCCCACAACAACCACUUCUUCUUUGACGGCCUGACCCCGGACCCCACCCCCAUCCCCGAAGUCCUCAAGAGGGAGCUCGAGGCAUCCUUCUCCUCCAUGGAGACCCUCCGCCGCGAGUUCGUCAUCACCGCCUCCUCCAUGUUCGGCCCCGGCUUCAUCUGGCUCGUCCGCGCCGGCCCGGCAGAUUACCGCAUCCUGCCCACCUACCUCGCCGGCUCGCCCUACCCUGGCGCCCACUGGCGCGCCCAGGCGACCGACAUGAACACCACGGGAAACGAGGGCUCCGCCAGGUCCUUCUUCUACGACCACCUCACGGGACAGCGCAAGCGGGUGGGCGACCUGCCCCCUGGCGGCAUCGAGCUGCAGCCGCUCCUGUGCCUCAACACCUGGGAGCACUCCUGGCUGCUGGACUGGGGCGUCGGCAAGGGGGGUGCCGGCGGCAAGGUAGCCUUUGCCGAGGCGUGGUGGGAUCUGAUUGACUGGGAGCUGGUCGCGAAGAAGUCGGGCGUCCUGAGACCGGACUUCAAGUCUGGCGCCGAGUAA